AUGCCCAAAUGCGACCUCAAGACUAGAUACAUCCCUGCGACAUUCGCCUGGACGUUACUGUUGGGCACAACAUCCCUAUUUUUUUAUUUCCCUUGUCAGUACUACCUCCACAAGCACCCAUGGGUACCUGCAUACCAAGGUGUUAUAACAUUUUUUGUUUUGGCCAAUUUUACACUGGCCACUUUCAUGGACCCGGGAGUCAUACCAAAAGCUCCACCUGACGAGGAUCGCGAGGAUGACUUCAGAGCUCCACUAUAUCGCAGCGUAGAAAUAAACGGUAUUACGGUGCGAAUGAAAUGGUGCGUCACGUGCAAGUUCUACAGACCGCCGCGCUGUUCACACUGCUCUGUGUGUAACCACUGCAUAGAGACAUUCGACCACCAUUGUCCGUGGGUGAACAAUUGCAUCGGGCGACGGAACUACAGGUUCUUUUUCUUCUUCCUCAUAUCGUUGUCCAUACAUAUGCUGAGUAUAUUUGGGCUCAGUCUCUACUACAUAAUGAACAACAACAAGACUUUAACGCAAGUCGAGCCUAUUGUGUCUAUGGUUAUAAUGGGCAUAAUUAUCCUACUCGCGAUCCCGAUAUUCGGCCUGACCGGUUUCCACAUGGUACUGGUGUCGCGGGGUCGUACAACAAACGAACAGGUGACCGGCAAGUUCACCGGCGGUUACAACCCGUUCUCGAAGGGUUGCUGGUACAACUGCUGUUACACACAGUUCGGACCUCAGUAUCCUAGUCUAGUGCGUCCGUCCAAGUACGUGUACAAGGGCGGCAAGAAGCGUCGCGAGGCGCUGGGCGGGGUCGGGUGCGGGGGCGGGGCGGGGGGCGUGCACUCCGCGUCCGCGAUAUCCACGAUCGCGACCGACACGCAGCACCAGGUAAAGACCUACACGGCGGACAACGGCACCGCCCACCGCGGACCCCACGCCCACUACAACAAGUUGUCGCCCGGGCGGGAGGAGCACGAGGCCGAGAUGGAGGGCCCCGGCGCGUCGCAGAGCGCGGACUGUGAGCCGACGCCGCCGCAGCGGAGGGCGUCCGCCGCGAACAUGUUCCCGCCGCCGGCGCCGCACGCGCCCCGCCCCAUGCACUACCCGAGACUCAGUCCCCUGGCGAGGAAUACCAGCCAUAGUGGCACGACGCCCGGGUACCGUAUGGUGAUGGAACCUUUACGGUACGACUCCGGUUCAAACGGGGCGAGACCGUCGCCCACUAUGCAGCAGCGUAUCAAGGCGCUUGGGGUGCCGACGCCACUCGCGGUCAAUAGCCCCGUGAGAAGGCCGUACGAUAACGAUAGCGAGGGCUCGGACGAGCUCGCGCGAUUAAACCCCUGA